AUGGUCACUACAACAUCAUUGACGCUCUUCAUCUUCCUCCUCGUAUCAACUACCAUCUCCGUGGUCUCAACACUAAGAAACAUCUCGCCGGCAACUGAAAACUCAGGAGUAUGGUGCGUGGCGAAUAGGAAAGCAACGGAUGAGCAGCUACAAGCGAAUAUAGAUUGGUGUUGCAGCGAACAAGGAGGUUUCCGCAAUUGUUCAUCGAUCCAACCCGGUGGAGAUUGCUUUGAACCAAACACUCCACGAGAUCAUGCGUCGUACGUAAUGAACUCGUAUUAUCAGAACCUCGGUCAUACCAAGGAACAAUGCGAUUUCGGUGGUACUGGCUCUGUAACUAAACACGACCCGAGUCACGGCGCCUGUGUUUACGAGAAUUAUUAG